AGGGCUGGGAUAUAAAAUGAAGGGGUUUAUAAUAUUAACCAUAUUAUCUGUAGCAGUUUUGGUUAAGGGCGAUAAAAAAUACUAUGUAAUUCCGCAAGAAAUUGGCGACUGUGAUCCAAGUAUAAAAAUAUUCAAUUCAGAAUAUCAAAAAACUCUGGAAAAAGUAGGACCACAUCAUGUAGCCAUCAACUUUCCGCAUUUUGUUCUAACUAAAGUUAUUCAAGAACCUAUCAAAGUGACGGCCGUCGUCGAAAAACACAAAUCUGAUGAUAAAUGGAACUUUUUCAUUAAAAAAGAUUUUCCUGGAAUUUGUGGAGUACUGCAAGACAAAGAGCAACCUUGGACAGAGUUGGUUGAGAGUUUUCCAGAAGGGAAGAUGGUUUGCCCUUUUAAACCUAUGGAUGAGGCAAUCAAUAAUGUAACUUUCAAUGGUGAUGUCUCAAAAGUAUUGGAUUUGGGUGAAGACGACGUUGGUCUCUAUAGACUUCAAAUAACUGGAGUCGGAUCUGUUGAUAUGAGAAAAGAAACUCCAUUAGGUUGUCUUUCUGGCAAAUUUACUAUUGAAGGAUUUGAUGAAUAA